AUGGGUGAGUCGUUAGUGGCCAGCUUGGCUGAGGGUGCGCCAUCUUCUAUGAUUGUCGACGAGGAAGAAUUUAACAAUCUUAAAGAAAAGCAAACGAGGGUUUUCCUGGUACACAUGAACACGUCACUUGGUCACCGGCUAUUUGUUCAUGCCAAAAAAGCAGGAAUGAUGAUUGAAGGGUACGCGUGGAUUAUCACUGACUAUUUGUCAAACUUCUUAAAUUCUAUGGAUUUUGUUGCUCGUGAUUCAAUGAAAGGUGUUUUGGGCAUAAGACCUUAUGUAUCCAGGUCAGAAAAGCUUGACCAUUCCAAGAAAGCUGAGAAGAUUGGACCGGUAAACUCCAGCUUACUGAAUGUGAACACGAGCAAAAAUGGAACAGACGGUACUAACAUGAAAAUCUCAGCAUUUGGACCAAAACUUCUGAGUAAAUUGUCAAACACAAAAUUAAGAGGCUUGAGUGGAGACAUUCAAUUGAUUAAUGGGCAAUUGAAACCUCCAGCCUUUGAGAUAUUCAAUUUAAUUGGAACUGGAGAGAAAACCGUGGGAUUUUGGACACUGGAUAGAGGAAUAUCCAGAGAAUUAAUUUCAACUGGUGAACCUACAUACUCAACAUCUACAGAAAAUCUAAAAAAUGUCUUGUGGCCUGGAGAUUCUGUCACGCAACCAAAAGGGUUGGGCUAUUCCUGCAACAGGAAAACUGAGAGUCCAGGCUCCCGUGAAAAAUGGAUUCAGAGAAUUUGGUUACCUUUACCUAUUAAUUAUGAAUUUCAUCAUUAUAAUGACAGUAACGACACUAAUUGGAGUUAUGAUGGAAUGCUUCACAGCAUACCUCAGAUGUUUGACAUGGUGGUGGGAGACACGACAAUUUGGGCACCACGAGCAAACUCUGUUGAUUUUUCGCUACCAUAUUCAGAACCAGGAGUCAUUCUAAUGGUAAAAAAUAAGAAGCCGUUUGACAUGUGGAUUUUUAUUAAACCUUUGAAAUGGGAUUUUUGGCUGGCAAUCAUCCUGGCUUGCGUCUUGGUGGGAAUUGUUCUCCGAUUAUUAGAACGCGGAGUACGAAACACCAACGAUGGGUCCAUUAGGCCACACUGGGAGAGACUUAGAAUGAUCUACUGGUCUCCGGUAGCAGUUCUUCCAUUUCCUGAAAGGAAUAAGGUGGCUAAUAGCAGGUCAAUAUUUGUAUUGGUGUUUUGGCUGUUCAUGGCAUUCAUCUUUAUACAGAGCUACACAACAAGCUUAUCGACAAUUUUGACGGUAGAUCAAUUAAAAUUUUCAUUUUCUGAGGAUUGCUAUGUGUGA